UACUGCUUGUGACGGUAGAGAUAUGUAAAUUUUUAAUUUGUCUUGCUGUCGUAGCGUAUACUAGACGUUUGCGCUUGUAGAAUUUUGAUAGAACGUUUCGAAUAUUAACUUUCCUUUUUUUUCCUUUUUAGAAUUAAUUAUUUGCUUCUUUAUAGAAUUAUUUUUCAAAUUUAAGAAAUAAUGACGUCUGAAGAUAUUUUUUUCUGAAGAAUUUUGAAGUAAGUGUGAUUCACGAAUGUUCUUCAGGUUAUUUGAAAAUGAAUAUAACGAUUUAGGGCUGGAUAAGAGAAUUUCGUCGGAUGUGAAACUAGCUGUAAAACUUGGUUUACAGCAUGUCGAAGAUGUAUGUACUAAUUGUUCCCGUCUGUGUAAAUUAGUGUACCGUGCUGACAGGAAAUCCGUAGCGAUGAGAUGCGCCUAUUGUAAAAAAAAUGGUUCCGCAUUUGUUGGUACUUUUAAGGGUAAGUGUGGGCAUAUUUCUUGGGGCAACAUAUUUUCCUUCAUAUGGACUUGCUGUGCGUAGAAUGCGCGCUAACAAAUGCAGCCCUGGCUUGUACUAUUAGUAAUCACACUUCUAUUAAUUGGGCAAACUAUGUACUGUACGUUUAAAAUGCAGCCCUGGCUUGUAGUAUUAGUAAUCACACUUCUAUUAAUUGGGCAAACUAUGUAUGUUUAGUUAUGAUGAUAGCCGUGAAUAACGUAUCGUCAUUUAAAAUAGGAGGACAGAACAAAACCGUGGAAAUUGACGAAAUCGUAAUAUCUAGACGAAAAUACGACAGGGGUCGCAAAUUGAAGGGCACAAGAUUGAGUAGUCGGCGGAGUGUGUCGUGAGGAUAACAUAUGCUUUGUUUGUAAAGUUAACGAUAGGAGCGAAGAGACAUUGAAUUGGAUAAUUUGAAAAUUCGUUAAUUCCGGAAGUACGGUUUUGACAGACGAAUGGAGGGGUUACAAUCACAUAAACGAAGUAGAAGGUGUAGAAAUAGUUCACCAGACGGUGAAUUAUUCAGAAAAUUUUGUGAAGCUAAUAGUGUGUACUGUACAUACUCAGAAGAUAGAAAGGUUGUGGGGUGUGUUAAAAGACAGGAAAUAUUUGCAUAAACAUUAUACCGAAGAGUUGUCGGAUUCCUAUCUGUAUAUGUUCAUGUACAAAAAGUUGUUUAAAUGGCAUACAAUGAAGCCCGGAGAACGUUUCCAAUUGUUUGCGAAACAUUUAAGUUUUAUAUAUCCAGGAUCAGGUAAGAUCUCUGUAUGGAAGGAACCAGCGACUGUGCCUGCCACCCCAGAAACCCGAAAGAAGAAGGAGAAAACGAAAGUAAAGAAAAAUAAUAAAGCUGAGAACAGUAGGAAUGUAAAAUCAUCGAGUAAAGAAAAGAAACAUCCCAACCGGAGACAAUUGGCAGUCGUGUUGCUGUUAAAAGAAGGAAAAGACGAAAGGACAAGUUUUGAAAACUGAUUGUAGUUUGCGCUUCCCCAGACGUUGUAAGGAAUAUCAUGCUGGCUGCUGAUAGUAUAGGUAUGAUAGACAUUGGUGAAUAUGUAUUCUUCUCUCUGGAAUUAUUCAGUAGUAGAAAAGAAAUAUUAAGGCCGUGGUAUCGAGAAAAUGAAAGUUUUGAGAAGAAUAAAAGAGCAGAACAUGCUUAUAAAGCGUUAUUUACUUUAACAUCGUUGAAUCCGACAACGAAAAAGUUUGAAGAUUUUACUAAGUCCGUAAAACAUGUAGCAAAAGAAGAGUUUGGAUUUGAUUACAAGGAAGAAGAGGUAAAUAAAUUUGUAUCUGGAUUUUACGAAGCAAUAAUACUCUACUCCCUUUCUUUAAAUGAGACAUUAUCUGAAGGAUAUAGCAUUACAAAUGGGUCUAUCAUCACGCAGAAAAUGUGGAAUAGAACAUUUCAAGGAAUAACUGGACCAGUUAGUAUUAAUGAAAACGGCGAUAGAAAUGCAAAUUAUACUUUAAUGAAUUUAAAUCCGCAUAAAAGAAUAUAUCAGGCAGUUGCAAUGUACGAUGGUGCUAAUAAACGAUAUUUAGAAUUCAAUGAAACAAAGUAUUACUGGCCUGGAAAAAGAAAAGGUCCUCCUUAUGAUACACCUAUUUGUGGAUUUGACCGUUCCAAGUGCCUAAAUCGAGAUGUCCCUCAAUAUGCCAUCGUUAGUGUUAUUUUAUUGUGCGUGAUUGUUGCGCUUUGUAUCUGCUCGAUUUUCAUUUAUAGACACUUCAAAUUGGAAGCAGAGAUUGCUUCGAUGACUUGGAGAAUAAAGUGGGAAGAUUUAAUUCUAAUUUCGCCAACUCAUGCCAAACAUCUUGGAUCGAAGAUAAGUUUAACGAGGAUAAGUAUGCAGAGUAAUUGUUCGUCAAUUACAAUGGAUGCUGCUGAUAUGUCAAAACAGUUAUUUGCAAGAACUGGUUAUUUUAAGGGAAGCAUAAUUGCUAUUAAGCCAAUACUGCUAUCAAGAAUAGAUAUAACCCGUCCUUUAUUAUAUGAAUUGAAAUAUAUGAAAGAUCUUCAGCACAAUCAUCUUGUACGAUUUAUUGGCUCGUGUAUUGAUUCACCGCAUUGUUGUUUGAUAACAGAAUAUUGCCCUAAAGGAAGCUUACAAGAUAUAUUAGAAAAUAACGAAAUAAAAUUAGAUUGGAUGUUUCAAUGUUCAUUAAUGCACGAUAUUAUUAAGGGUAUGGCUUAUCUACAUAGUAGCGAAAUUCAUUCGCAUGGUAAUUUAAAAUCAUCAAAUUGUGUUGUGGACAGUAGAUUUGUCUUAAAAAUAACGGAUUUUGGUCUUCAUUCUUUAAGAACAUACGACGAGAAUGAAAACGAAGAUUCUUACGCUCACUGGAGAAGGAAACUUUGGAUGGCUCCAGAAUUACUUCGAAAAUCAAAACCUCCUCCUGAAGGCACUCAGAAAGGAGAUGUAUAUUCCUUUGCUGUCGUCGCGCACGAAAUAGUGAUGAGACAAGGUCCUUUCUAUCUAGGUACGGUAGAACUGAGCCCAAAAGAAAUUGUCGAAAAUGUAAAAAAUAAACAGAAGCAACCAUUUCGUCCAUAUUUAGGAGAAUAUAUUUGCGAAGAAGGACGUAAAAUGAUUGCGAGAUGUUGGUCUGAAGAUCCUUUCGACAGACCUGAUUUCCAGUAUUUAAAAUCAGUGAUAAGAAAAUUAAAUAGAGAGAAUGAAAAUGGUAACAUCUUGGAUAAUCUUCUCUCAAGAAUGGAGCAGUAUGCAAAUAAUUUAGAAGCUCUUGUAGAAGAAAGAACCGCAGAUUAUUUAGAAGAAAAGAGAAAAGCCGAGGACCUACUUUAUCAACUCUUGCCUAAAACAGUUGCAAAUCAAUUAAUAUUAGGAGAAGGUGUUGCAGCUGAAGCUUACGACAACGUAACAAUAUAUUUUAGCGAUAUUGUUGGUUUUACUGCACUUUCUGCACAGAGUACACCAAUGCAGGUUGUUGACUUUCUCAACGAUCUUUAUACUUGUUUUGAUUCGAUUAUAGAGAAUUAUGAUGUAUAUAAGGUAGAAACAAUAGGAGAUGCUUAUAUGGUAGUUUCUGGCCUUCCAACGAAGAAUGGAAACAAACAUGUUCGUGAAAUUGCCAGGAUGUCCUUAGCUUUAUUGAAUACAGUGAAAACCUUUCCUAUAAAACAUAUACCAGAAGAAAAAUUAAAACUAAGAAUUGGAAUUCAUACAGGUCCUUGUGCUGCUGGAAUUGUUGGAUUAAAAAUGCCAAGGUAUUGUUUAUUUGGUGACACGGUCAAUACAGCAUCCAGAAUGGAAUCAACAGGCUUACCAUUAAAAAUACACGUUAGUUCACAAACAAAAGAAGCAUUGGACAUGUUUGGAUGUUUUAAUAUUGAGCUAAGAGGAGAAGUUGAAAUGAAGGGAAAAGGAAAGUUGGUAACCUAUUGGCUGUUAGGAGAACAUUUUCCUGUUCAUUACGAAGAAGCUGAACGGAGAAAUCAUGGAUGUUUCUUAACCGAAUAAAAUGUACUUUCAACAAACAGAAUAAUUUUGGAGUUUCUACAGACUUAUUGUGCCUUGUAUCAUAAGUGUCCUUUCACCAUUGUGCGUAAAUUUCAUCACAAAUUGGACAAUUCAUCACGGCAUAAAUAAGACGAAAAGUAAAACUGGAAGUCAAAGUUUAUAAAAAGGCCGAAUUCAUCGAACUGAAAAAGUGUAUUGUAUAUUGAAACCAUUACGAAUACAUCAGAGAAAUAUAUGUACUGUUAUGUAGUAUACAAAUUCUAUAUCUGUAUUUAAU